AUGUGGGAGAAGCGCGAACACCCGAACCUCCACAUCGUCUUCUACGAGGACCUCAAGGCCGACGUCUUGAAGGAGCUGAAGCGGCUCAACGAGUUCCUGGGCACGGGGCUGACGGAGGCGCAGCUGGGGAACGUGCAGCGCCACACGUCCUUCGGGGAGAUGAAGGCAAGGGAGGCUACGCUGAUCGGCCAGGAUUUGUUCAACCAGGAUGUGUUCAAGAAGGAAGGAGGGUUCUUUAGGAAAGGUCAAUCCGGCGACUGGAAGGGCAAGCUGACCCCUGAACUCGAAGCCAAGGUCGACCAGUACGUCGAGCAGAAACUCGGCGACCUCAGGAUCCCCUUCAGGUUCACCUAA